GCAACCAGGAGGACUAGAGAUCCCACAAUGCAACACGUCGGCUCUGCACUUCUUCUUCCUCAGCACAUGGCCGGUAGUUGCUAGUAUUUUUCUUGUGUUAGUUUAUCAUAACAGCAAUUCCGAGUGUUUGGCAAUUCACCCGCGUCCAAAUGAAAGUUAAAGUCCUCUCGAGGAACCCGGACGACUAUGUCCGGGAGACCAAACUGGAUAUUCAGCGUGUCCCUAGAAACUAUGAUCCAACACUUCAUCCCUUCGAGGUGAGCAGAGAGUACACCCGGGCUCUGAAUGCCACCAAGCUGGACAGGGUGUUUGCAAAGCCGUUCCUGGCCUCUCUGGACGGCCACAGAGAUGGAGUAAACUGCAUGGCCAAGCACACCCAGAGCCUCUCAACGCUGCUGUCUGGAUCCUGCGAUGGGGAGGUAAAAGUGUGGAAUCUGACCAAACACGACUGUGUCCGCACACUCCAAGCACAUGAGGGUUUUGUCAGGGGAAUGGUUGUGCGCUCCUGUGGAACAUCCUUCUUUACGGUUGGGGAUGACAAAACGAUCAAGCAAUGGAGAAUGGAGACACCAGGUUACGGAGAGCAAGAGGAGCCACUCAACACUAUCCUUGGAAAGACAGUCUUUACAGGACUGGAUCACCACCAGAAAGACGCUGUGUUUGCAACAUGUGGCCAGCAGGUGGACAUCUGGGAUGAGCAGAGGAGCACCCCGAUCCGCUCGUUCACCUGGGGCGUAGACAGCUUCAGCUCCAUCCGCUUCAACCCCGUGGAGACUGAACUUCUUGCAAGCUGUGCCUCUGACAGAAGUAUAGUGCUGUAUGACAUGAGAGAAUCAGCACCACUUAAAAAGGUUAUUAUGACAAUGAGGAGUAACAGUUUAUGCUGGAACCCCAUGGAAGCUUAUUACUUCACAUGUUCAAAUGAGGAUUACAACCUCUACACGUAUGACAUGAGGUACCUGGAUCAGCCCAUCACAGUUCACAUGGACCAUGUGUCUGCAGUGCUGGAUGUUGAUUAUUCCCCUACUGGGAGGGAGUUUGUAUCCGCUAGUUUUGACAAAACAAUCCGUAUCUUCAACAAGGAUGGAGGACACAGCAGGGAAGUCUACCACACCAAACGCAUGCAGCAUGUCAUCUGUGUGAAGUGGUCUGCAGACAGUAAAUACAUCCUGAGCGGUUCCGAUGAAAUGAAUAUCCGACUGUGGAAAGCCAACGCAUCUGAGAAGCUCGGAGUGCUGGCCCCAAGAGAGAGGCAGGCCAGAAACUACAAUCAGAAGCUGAAGGAGAAGUUCCAGCACCACCCGCACAUCAGACGCAUCUCUCAUCAUCGACAUCUACCCAAGAACAUCUACCAUCAGAGCAAGGAGCUGAGGGUUAUGAAAGAGGCUCGCCGCAGGAAGGAGAGGAAUGUCCGAAAACACAGCAAACCAGGAACUGCCCCUGUGGUGUCUGAAAAGGUGAAACAUGUUGUGACCGUGGUCAAAUAGAGCCAGCAACAACAACAACAACAACAACAGAAGACAGAGGGGCUGCGAUCAAGAAAGGAGAUGGAACCCCAAGAUCACACCAACGUGGGAUAUUUUCAGACUGCUGGUAUUUGAGAGCAACAUGUUUGGAAGGUGACCGUUCUGGGAAGGGCAAGUUUAAGGACACAGACUGUGAAUACAUUAAAAACAAAUCUUUUUCUCUUUUUAUGAAUAA